AUGAUAAACAUAUCUGUUUGGAACACAUUUCUUGAAUAUAUUCUUUUUUAUUCAAAUUCUUUUUUCUUUCAGGUUGUCCUUUUUUUUUCUCUUUAUCUAAAAUUCUUUUCAAUCAUUUUCUUUUUUUCAUGUUGUGGGGGGAAUUCACUCUUCCCACUUGCUUUCUUAACUCUUCUCUCUAUAUUUAUUUUCCUCAUUUUCCUUCUCCAUUUUAAUAUUCUGGAUUCUUUCUUUCUUUUUCAUUAUCCCUUAUUGAUUUCUCUAUAUUUAACUUUAUUUCUUUGUUUCUCUUCCCUUUUCCAAUUUGUUUCUUUCUUUUCUUCUUUAUUUUAUUGCUUUCCUCCCCUGAAACUCAUCAUCUCAGUUGAUAAAUUCCUUUUUAGGAAUCUAUCUCUUAUAUUGAAAUUUCUUUUCUUCUUGACUAAUCUUGCCUUUUCCCGUGUCUUUUCACUUUCUGUUAUUCAGGUUAUCUUUCAAACAGUCUUUGGUUUUCAUUCUUUUACAUUUUCCUUCUUCUUCCCAUUUUCAAGAAUAUCUUUCUUUUUCUUUUCUUUAACUUCUGAUUGUAUUUCUUUUCAUCUUCCUUUGUUGCUACUCACUUUUUUCUUACAUUCAUCCUUUCUUUUACUCCCUCAUUUUUCUUUUUCUAUUUCCUUUUUUUAUUUUCAUGUCUCAUUCUUUUUUCUUCUUUCCCCUCUUUCAUUAUCUUGA